AUGGCCAAAACCCUCAUAAAACUCCCUUUUCUCUUCCUCUUUCUCACCACUGUUCUCUUCUCUUUCGCCCUUGCUACUGGGAAAUCUGACAGUUUCUCGAGGAACUUAUCUCCAAAAAAACUAGGCCUCAAACGGGAGAAACUAAGCCACCUUCACUUCUACUUCCACGACACACUUAGUGGAGAAAAUCCGACUGCUAUUCCUGUUGCCCAAGCAGCCACGACCAACAAGUCUUCGACAUCAUUUGGGCUGGUCGUAAUGAUGGAUGACCCCUUGACUUUAAAGCCCGAGGUCAAGUCGAAGCAAGUAGGAAGAGCCCAAGGGUUUUACGCAUCUGCAUCACAAAGUGAAAUUAGCUUUUUAAUGACACUGAACUUUAGUUUUACGGAAGGGAAGUACAACGGUAGCACCCUCAGUAUCCUGGGUCGCAACAGCAUAUUUUCUGGCGUUAGAGAGAUGCCAAUUGUUGGUGGGAGUGGGCUUUUCCGUUUUGCAAGAGGCUAUGCUCAGGCAAAGACUCAUACGAUUAACCUUAAAACUAAUGAUGCUAUCGUGGAGUAUAAUGUAGUGCAGCAAGCGAGAGUGUAUGAUUUUGGUGGGCUAAUGGGGACUAGAGAGGCUGGCUCGGGUAUUGAUGGAAUGCUUAGUGCAGUUCAUGGUUUCAAUACCGGGAUCCCAUUCCUUCAAAAUCGAUUGAAGGGACCAAAGUGGCUUCCUUUUCUAGUCGGACUUCCUUCACUGCUUGCGGUUUCGAGUGCCAGUGCUGCUUUUGGAGGUAGGAUUAGUGAAGUAUUUAUGGUGCUUCUUGGAUUUGGACAAGUACGAGAGGAAAUUCCUCACGGUUUUGGGUCAAAGGUGUGUGACAUGGUUAGUGAAGCAUUUAUAGUGCAUACCAGGUUCCUUGCAGGUUAUGUGUUUCCAAAGUUUGCUCAACUUACUGUGACGUCCUAUUAUGCUGCCUCAAGUGCCUCUCAUUAUGGGAUUUCACUCCUCACCAGACAUAUUGAAGAGGACACAGUAGCCAGCAGUGAAUUGGUGUAUUUUGUCCUUGUUACCUUGUUGACAGUUUUAUCCUGCUGCUCUCGAAAAGGAUAUGAGAGGAAACUUUUACCAUGGAUGUGCAUUACGUGUGGUAGUGGUACGUCAGUGAGGAGAUUCAAUGAGUUUCUAUCACGGCCUUGUCUUUGCCAGUUGAAUAAGGUCCGCCUAUGGGAAUCUGAGCUUAAACGGGACAGAAUCAACUGGAUGUGUUACUUGUAA